AUGGUGGUAGAAGAGAAGAGCUGGCAAGGGGUUGCUCCUGGUCGCUUGGAGACUGGCUUAAGCCUCGCGCCUCCCAGGACGGGAGGAGAUGGAGAAAGAUGCUGUAGGGUACCUCUGCUGCUGAACUCGGGGCUGCCUGGGAUCUCUUUCCUUUCUCUGGUGCUGAGCCUCUUGCUGUACUUCAGGACAUCAGAUCUGCAGUCCAGGGUUUCUCAUUUGGAGGCGGACAGAUCCACUCCGCUCCCGGCCGCCUGCCUCUCCGCAGACCAAAUGGAGACAGCUAUUUUGGGAAGGGUUGACCAACUGCUCGCUGAGAGGAUAAACUUCAAUUUGCCAAGACAUCGGGAGGCUAGAGAUAUCUACCAGAGAUGCAACUGCCCAGCAGGACCGCCCGGUCCUACAGGAAGACCUGGCCUUCCGGGAGACAAAGGAACCAUGGGAAUCCGUGGGCAGCCGGGAGUCAAGGGCCCACCUGGAGAGAAGGGAGCUCCGGGAGAGGCUGGCAUGUCCAUCAUUGGUCCUCGUGGGCCUCCAGGACAGCCUGGAACAAGAGGUUUUCCUGGGUUUCCAGGUCCAAUUGGUUUGGAUGGCAAACCAGGACAACCUGGACAGAAAGGAGAAAUGGGGAUCCCAGGACAAAAAGGAGAAAAGGGUCAGUGCGGAGAAUAUCCACACAGGGAAUACCUAAGCACCACACUUGCAGCUCUGCGUUCUAAUCACAUCCUUGCAUUGAAGGGUGAACAAGGACAGGCAGGCAGCCAAGGGCCUCCAGGGCUACCUGGGCCCCCAGGACCACCCGGGACUCCAGGACCACCUGGCCCAAUGGGCCCAGCUGGGAAAACCGGAGAAUCUGGCAAGGAUGGAAAGGGUUUGCCAGGACCUCCUGGACCAAAGGGUGACUCUGGACUUCAAGGAUAUCAUGGAAGGAAGGGUGAAGUGGGUGAGGCAGGCCUACCAGGAACACCUGGACUUCCAGGAUCUGCUGGCCCUAAGGGUGAACCCGGGAAACCAGGAGCAAAGGGAGAACAUGGAAUUUCUGGGAAGAUGGGCCCCCCAGGUUUGCCUGGAAAAAGGGGGUACAGGGGCCCCAAGGGUGAACCGGGGAAGAGUGAAAUGGUAGACUACAAUGGCAAUAUCAAUGAAGCUUUACAGGAGAUACGAACAUUGGCCCUCAUGGGACCUCCUGGUCUUCCAGGCAUUGCAGGACCAGCUGGACCGCCUGGACAGAAGGGUGAAAUUGGCUUGCCAGGUCCUCCAGGACGCAAUGGAGAAAAGGGUCUUGAUGGCCUAAAUGGAGUUAAAGGUGACCCAGGAAUGCCUGGACCUCCUGGUCUCAUCGGUCCAAUUGGACUUUCAGGAUUGACAGGAGAGAAGGGAGAACCUGGAGAAAAAGGAGAUAUCGGGAUUUCAGUAACUGGUCCACCAGGGCCUCAAGGCCCGCCUGGAAACCCAGGUCUUCAAGGGCUACUGGGACCUAAGGGAGAAGCAGGAAUUGAUGGAUUAAAAGGUGAAAAGGGUAUCCAAGGAGAAAAAGGAGAUCGGGGUCCUCUGGGGCUGCCCGGCGCUUCAGGUUUAGACGGCAGGCCUGGCCCACCGGGUACUCCAGGACCAGCAGGUGUCCCAGGACCAGCAGGACCGAAAGGAGAGAGGGGAAAUAAGGGAGAUUCUGGUUCUACAGGCCCGAUAGGAUCAGCAGGCCUUCCCGGCUUUCAAGGACCACCGGGUGAAAAAGGAAAUCGGGGGGAAAGGGGCAAGAAAGGCUCUAGGGGGCCUAAAGGGGAUAAGGGAGACCAAGGAGCACCUGGAUUAGACGCACCUUGUCCAUUGGGGGAAGAUGGAUUGCCAAUUCAAGGAUGCUGGAAUAAGUGAAUAUUCUAACCAUGGACUGGCCUGUGUGUCUGUGUGUAUGUUUGUGCAUAGAAUAUUUAUUUUUAUACAUUGUUCUUUUUUGAAAGUGCCAACAGAUAUGCAUAAAAUGCUGCAUAUUUUUGUACAUACGAUGCUACAAUUCUGCUUUAUAGCUGCCAGUUGCUUGUAUAAUUAUAUAUAUGUCGAUAACCAUGCUUUUUGCAUUGUGGAAUUCAGCUGCAAUAUUGGCAUAUUUGUGCACUCAAAGUAAAUGCCAAAGCUUAAUAAGCUAUUGGAUAAGGAUGCCAGAAAGAACUAUUCCAUGUACAUACAAAGACACAAAAAAAUGCCAAUGAGUGCAAGGACAUAUCAAAAU